AUGCGGAAUCUCUGCCGACUCGACGCGGCCAUCCAGCCAAUCAACUUAUUAGUAUGUUCGCGCAUGCGCAGAAGCUCCUACGCCGCUCCUACGUCGUUGCCCGUAGCAACGUCGCUCCUACUUGGCAAACGGGAAAAAAAGCGAGGCUUGGAUGAGCCCUUGGGUGACAUCGUGGAAUAUUCCCAACAGGAAGUGAGGCUUUAUAGCCGUGUCUUGUGGGAGGAGGCCUUCCCAGCAUGUGAGAGACGGCCCAUUGCAGUUCUCUCUGUAUGUUCAAGAUCUGCUGGAGCAGGGGUCCUCCGUGCGCACCACGGCCCCUGCCAAGUGUUUUUUAAGAAGUGGACGGAGCCAGAGCAGCAGGAUGAAACGGGGCAUCCAUCAAGCCCAGAAAAGACAUACGCUCUCCGGCUCUGUGGGGGAUUGGAAUCGAGGCCCUGUAUGCACAAGCUGAAUGGUGUAGCAGAUGAAGACUACGCAGCCUGCACAAGGGUGGCCGCAGAGAGACUUUCCUGGUCUGCUCAAGGGGGUCCUCCCAGGGCAGCGAAGGGAUGCUCUUCAACCCACAGCACAGCAACCCAGGCCAGACUGAGCAGCAGCAACCGGGUUCAAGGGCUCCGGGGACCCCAGCAGCACAGCAGGGCUGGACUGCAGUGGGAGCAGGCGCCCAAGGGAAAGGAAACCUCCAGAAAGCGAAGAUACACGGAAGACAGGGCCGGCGUAGCACCCAGGGACAGCCUUCUGCUUGACGUUGUCAUGCACACACAGGUGACGCUGGAAGUGUGUUCUGUUUUUAUGUCUCAUGAGACUCUUGGAAACUUGUGUGGGAGGGGAGUGGAAGACCAAGAGCCGGACUCAUGCAAGCGCCCAAGACCUGGAAUCCAGUCCCAGGUAUAUCAGUUCUUCAGCUGCCUCCCAGAAGACAAGGUCCCGUACGUCAACAGCCCCGGAGAACGAUACCGCAUCCGCCAGCUGCUCCAUCAGCUCCCCCCCCAUGACAGUGAGGCUCAGUACUGCAGCUCGCUAGAGGAAGAAGAGGCAAAGGAGCUGAAGUUGUUUUCUCAGCAACGGAAGCGCGAGAACCUUGGCCGUGGAACGGUCCGGCUUUUCCCCGUUACCAUCACCGGAGCCAUUUGUGAGCAGUGCGGGAAGCAGAUAUGCGGCGGGGACAUUGCCGUCUUUGCCAGCCGAGCAGGGCACGGGGCCUGCUGGCACCCACAGUGCUUCGUUUGCACCACCUGCCGGGAACUCCUUAUCGACCUCAUCUACUUCUACCAGGAGGGCAAGAUCUAUUGUGGGCGUCACCACGCCGAGCGCCUCAAGCCCCGUUGUGAGGCCUGCGAUGAGAUCAUCUUUGCAGACGAGUGCACAGAGGCCGAGGGACGCCACUGGCACAUGCGCCACUUCUGCUGUUUCGAAUGCGAGGAGGCGCUGGGUGGGCAGCGGUACAUCAUGCGCCAGAACCGCCCCUAUUGCUGCCGCUGCUACGAGAGCCUCUAUGCAGAGUAUUGUGACGCCUGUGGGGAGCACAUAGGCAUUGACCAGGGUCAGAUGACCUACGAGGGCCAACACUGGCACGCCACCAACGCCUGUUUCAGCUGCUCCCGCUGCCACCAGCCCCUGCUGGGGAAACCAUUCCUGCCCAAGCAGGGCCAGAUCUUCUGCUCCCGUGCCUGCAGCUUGGGCGAAGACCCCAACGGCUCGGACUCCUGCGACUCGGCCUUCCAGAGCGCCCGCUCACAGGAUUCUCGUCGGGUCAGCUGGCAGCAGCGGCGGGUCCAGGCCCAGCGCCUCCCACCCUCUCAUGUAGCUCGUUCUGUUUCGUUUGGAGGACAGCCGACACCGUCUCACUCCACCCCCAAAAUCCGAAGGAGCUGGAGCGGUUUGCCUGGGGAGGAGAUGCCCAGGGGGUCAGGGGAGCUCUCGGAUCCAGAUAGCAACGGUUCAGGCUGCAGCCAAAGUGGCAAGGAGCCUGUGAAGUGCACCUCCCGUGGAACUUCCACCUGCCCGCCACCUGCAAAUCAACAGGAGCAAGGCACAGGUACUGAGCUCCGGCCUCGUUUCCAGCGUGCCUCUCCUUUGCGCCAUUCCAUGCCAGAGUUGGGGAUUCCUUCUUCCAAAAUCCCAGAUUGGAGCUGUAGUUCAGCUUCCAAACUUGAAGCAUCUGGCCGGUCGCGACGCAGUGAGGGGAGUGAGCUAGGGAUGGAGAGUUUUGCCCGGGCAGGAGUCCCGCGGGUUAGCUUCCGGGAACCUCUCAUCUCUGGAGAGCCAAGCCCUUCUUGUCCUGAGCAGCCUACCUUGAACCCCCAGUUGCUUCAGCAUGGAGGGGCCGGGCAGCGGCACCCCUGUUCCACUUCCGACAACUCACUUAAUCUGGGGGGGCAGGGAUGGAGAUCAAGAAAGGGGGCGGGGCAGGGCAGGGGAGGCAGCCUUUCCUAUUCAACUUCUGAAGGUGCUUCUACUUGGCACCACCGCUACCCACCCCGGGGGUGGGACUUCAGCUCCUCUGACUCUUCUGACUCCUCCUCAGAUGAGGAAGGCUACUUUUUAGGGGAGCCUAUACCCCUGCCUCCACACUUACGAGGUGGGGCUAGCCCCACAGAGACCACAGCACCCAUUGAAUCUCUGCAGAAACAGCGGCGCCGGAGUCUACGAGUUGUCCGGGACAAGAACUGUGUUGUGGCAUAAACAUUCUGUCUUCCAGACUUUGGCCAUGAUUCUCCCACUGUGAACUUGGGACUUCUGGCCUAUUGAACCGUUAAGUGUUGACCAUUCUGUGGGGGUGGGGGCUGCUGAGAUUGAGCCCAGUGUUGGUUACUUGCUUCUUCCAUUCUGACCUCUUAGCUUUGAUGUGUGACCUUGCCAGGUGUCCUCAGAGAGCGACCUCUUCAUGAUAACCACUGAAAAAUUUCUGACCUUUCCUCAGGGACACAUAAGCGCUGGCAUUUUUCACCAUGACCCUUGAUCUUUAGACUGCAUCCUUCCCUGAAAAAUACUGAGCUCCCUUCUGUGGUGGACUUUUGUGUUGAUUUUUCCAUUGUGGCCUUUUGACCUUUCUACUGUGACCUUUGAACACUGAUUAAUCCUUUCCUCUUGAACCUUGGACAGGGGUCUCCAGCCAUUUUGAGCCUGUAGACACCUUUGGAAUUCUGAUACCGUGUGGUGGGUGCAACCACAAAAUGGCUGCCACAGUUGCUGGGGCCAACCACAAAAUGGCUGCCACAGUUGCUGGGGCCAACCACAAAAUGGCUGCCACAGCUUGCCUUCAGACACUCAGCGAAGAACCCCACCAGGUGCUGCCAUUGCAGUGUUAUAAAAACCAAUUAAAUCUCCAGUAGCCAGUCAAACACCUUGCUGGCUAAAAGCCCCACCUGGCGCUACCCACUUUCUAAAAGAACUUGGCGGGCACCAGGUAAGGCAUAAUCAGGCAGCAUGGCACCCGCAGGCAUCACGCCAGGGCUCCCUGCUUCAGAGUGAUGGAUCCUUUUUUUUAACUUAUGCACUGUGUGCCCUAUGAACUUCUUACCUGGGAACCCUUGAACUUUGGUCGUGACCUAUCCACUGUGACCUCUGAACUUCUGACAUGUCUCCCAGAGGACCUUUUUGAUCCUCAGUCUUUCAAGUUGCCAUUAUUAAUGUUUAGACUGUUGACAAGAUUGCACCUUUUCAAGCUUUUGGGGUGCUUUUUUCUCUAUAGACAAGGUGUUUGGCUGUGUUUUAAUAUAUAUAUAUAUAUAUGUGCGUGUGUGUGUGUGUGUGUGCAUGGAAUGGGGUGGGGUAAAACUCCUGUUCUUCGCUAGAACAGCUCCCCACCAAAUUGAGUACAGGCACAAAGUGCCUUUUAUGAGGUAGAGCCUACAACAGAGUAUCCUCCCAAUUCAACUGGAAUUCCCUCCUGUCACCUGAAUUCCCAAACUUGUGCAUUGCUCAUGUUUGCAUUUUUUUUAAAAAAUGUAAAAUUUGUUUUUCUAAUUAAGGUUUUAAUUUAAGCAAAAUUUAAAUUAAAAAAAUUAUGAAAAUGCUUUGGGUUUCAGAGAAUUGUGAUAAGAUACUGGGCAUGAGCGAGCAGAGGGGGUGGGGAAAUGUGAAAAUACUGUGCUUCGUAUGUUUGGGAUAAGGACAGGAAAGCAAAGUAACUCCCAUCUCAAAAGGGGUGGCGCUGUACAAAGAUGAUGAUUUUUUUUAGCAUUCGUACCUUAUACUGUCCCAAAAACCUAACCCAAGCUCAGUUGAUUAAAUCUGCCUAUGUUUGCAUGUGAUUUCUGAAGGAAAUAAAAACAUGUUUUCUGCUGUUUUAAAGGACAUACAUUCAUGUCCUGGCAGUUACCAUCAUAAAACAAGAAUUUCCUUCCUCUCUGACAGAGAAUGGGAGUAAAACCCUCUCCUGAACUGUGGCUGGCUUCCACCUGUUUCUGUGAGUUCUUGCAUUAAAAUAAUUACACAUUUUU